AUGCCCUCUUCCGGCCCCCUGCACAUCCCAGGCACCACUCUCGCUGUCACCACCACCUCUGCCCCGCUGCCUGCUACCACAUCCCCGCUCACAAGUGCCCACGGCACUGCCACCCCCCUCCCUCACCACCAGCACUCCGGUUCCAUCCGCUGGCCCCUCUCCCACGCCUGCCAGCAGGCCCAAGCCACUCAGGCCGAGAUACUCCCAGCACCGCCACCGCCACCGCCACCCGCCACCGCCACCACCACCAUCACACGGGAAAUCACCCACUCCCGCCGACACGGCCGCCCCCCCGCCACCUCCAUCACAACCCCUCUGCCCACCCCCUCCACGACAGGAACCACCGUGACAGCCACGGCACACCUGCGAACCACACCACCACCCCGGCAGCCCCACGGAGCCACGUCCACCCCUCCACCUCCCACUGGGACCCCCACCCCCAUCGCAACGGGAAUCACCACGCCCACUGACACCGCAACCCCCGCCACCUCCGCCUCGGUCACAACCCUCUGGCCCACUCCCUCCACCACCGACACCACCGCGACGGCCACCUCACCCCUGCGAACCACACCCAGCCCGACAACACCGCACACUACUCCAGGCAGCCCGUCCUCAACCUUCUACCCCACUGGAAGCACAGUCACGUCGGCAGUGGCCUCCUCCCCCUCUACCUCUGCCGGCCCGCACACCUCCACCACCCCAGCUCCAUCUUCUGCCAGUACAGGCAUCUCCACCGCCACGCCAACCACCACCAACUCCACAUCCACUAGGACCCCUGGCUCACUGACCACCCUGACCGGCCUCAGCUCCAGCAAGUCACCAAGCCCCACAAGUGUCAUGCCCUCUUCCGGCCCCCUGCACAUCCCAGGCACCACUCUCGCUGUCACCACCACCUCUGCCCCGCUGCCUGCUACCACAUCCCCGCUCACAAGUGCCCACGGCACUGCCACCCCCUCCCUCACCACCAGCACUCCGGUUCCAUCCGCUGGCCCCUCUCCCACGCCUGCCAGCAGGCCCAAGGCCACUCAGGCCGAGAGUAGCCCUCCGCCGGCCACGAGCAGCAGCACACUGAGCACCAGCACGGUCCCACCUAGCAAGGACAUGCCCUCACAUACUCCCAGCACCGCCACCGCCACCGCCACCGCCACCGCCACCACCACCAUCACACGGGAAAUCACCACUCCCGCCGACACGGCCGCCCCCGCCACCUCCAUCACAACCCCUCUGCCCACCCCCUCCACGACAGGAACCACCGUGACAGCCACGGCACACCUGCGAACCACACCCACCCCGGCAGCCCCACGGAGUACCUCGGGCAUCACUCCCCCAACCGCCUACUCCACGGGAGGCUCAAGCACAUCUGCAGUUACCUCGCCUCUCCCUAGCCCUGCUUCCCUGCAGACAUCCAGAACCCUAGCUCCGUCUCCUGAGCCUUCGGGCACGCCCACCAGCACACCCACCACCCGCUCCACAUCCACCAGCCCCACUGCCUCCUUGACCAUCACCACUGACCUCACCUCCACACCCACUCUCUCCAGCCUGGCCCCCACCCGCACGCGUGUCAUCCCGUCCUCCCCCACCGUCCACACCACAGCCGCAACACUCAGUGCCCUCACCACCUCGGCCACGAUGCCCGACACGACAUCCGUGCCCCCAAGUACCCACCGCGCUGCCUCUCCCUCCGUCACUGCAGCCGCUCCCGGGACCUCUGCAGCCUCCCCUUCCACGUCCACCAGCAGUAGCAGGACCACCCCGCCCCAGGGGGCCACCGCUGCCUCCACCAGCACCAGCACCAGCACCGGCCCCGGCACCAGCACACUGCACACGACCACGCUUCCUCCCUCCAGUGACACGCCUGCACAGCCUUUCACGACACGCACUACUUCUCAGCCCCCAGUCACAUCAUCGGUCACCCCCAGGCGCACCGCCAGCUCCCUGGCCUCCCACGCCUCCUCUCCAGCCACGUCCACCCCUCCACCUCCCACUGGGACCCCCACCCCCAUCGCAACGGGAAUCACCACGCCCACUGACACCGCAACCCCCGCCACCUCCGCCUCGGUCACAACCCUCUGGCCCACUCCCUCCACCACCGACACCACCGCGACGGCCACCUCACCCCUGCGAACCACACCCAGCCCGACAACACCGCACACUACUCCAGGCAGCCCGUCCUCAACCUUCUACCCCACUGGAAGCACAGUCACGUCGGCAGUGGCCUCCUCCCCCUCUACCUCUGCCGGCCCGCACACCUCCACCACCCCAGCUCCAUCUUCUGCCAGUACAGGCAUCUCCAUCGCCACGCCAACCACCACCAACUCCACAUCCACUAGGACCCCUGGCUCACUGACCACCCUGACCGGCCUCAGCUCCAGCAAGUCACCAAGCCCCACAAGUGUCAUGCCCUCUUCCGGCCCCCUGCACAUCCCAGGCACCACUCUCGCUGUCACCACCACCUCUGCCCCGCUGCCUGCUACCACAUCCCCGCUCACAAGUGCCCACGGCACUGCCACCCCCUCCCUCACCACCAGCACUCCGGUUCCAUCCGCUGGCCCCUCUCCCACGCCUGCCAGCAGGCCCAAGGCCACUCAGGCCGAGAGUAGCCCUCCGCCGGCCACGAGCAGCAGCACACUGAGCACCAGCACGGUCCCACCUAGCAAGGACAUGCCCUCACAUACUCCCAGCACCGCCACCGCCACCGCCACCGCCACCGCCACCACCACCAUCACACGGGAAAUCACCACUCCCGCCGACACGGCCGCCCCCGCCACCUCCAUCACAACCCCUCUGCCCACCCCCUCCACGACAGGAACCACCGUGACAGCCACGGCACACCUGCGAACCACACCCACCCCGGCAGCCCCACGGAGUACCUCGGGCAUCACUCCCCCAACCGCCUACUCCACGGGAGGCUCAAGCACAUCUGCAGUUACCUCGCCUCUCCCUAGCCCUGCUUCCCUGCAGACAUCCAGAACCCUAGCUCCGUCUCCUGAGCCUUCGGGCACGCCCACCAGCACACCCACCACCCGCUCCACAUCCACCAGCCCCACUGCCUCCUUGACCAUCACCACUGACCUCACCUCCACACCCACUCUCUCCAGCCUGGCCCCCACCCGCACGCGUGUCAUCCCGUCCUCCCCCACCGUCCACACCACAGCCGCAACACUCAGUGCCCUCACCACCUCGGCCACGAUGCCCGACACGACAUCCGUGCCCCCAAGUACCCACCGCGCUGCCUCUCCCUCCGUCACUGCAGCCGCUCCCGGGACCUCUGCAGCCUCCCCUUCCACGUCCACCAGCAGUAGCAGGACCACCCCGCCCCAGGGGGCCACCGCUGCCUCCACCAGCACCAGCACCAGCACCGGCCCCGGCACCAGCACACUGCACACGACCACGCUUCCUCCCUCCAGUGACACGCCUGCACAGCCUUUCACGACACGCACUACUUCUCAGCCCCCAGUCACAUCAUCGGUCACCCCCAGGCGCACCGCCAGCUCCCUGGCCUCCCACGCCUCCUCUCCAGCCACGUCCACCCCUCCACCUCCCACUGGGACCCCCACCCCCAUCGCAACGGGAAUCACCACGCCCACUGACACCGCAACCCCCGCCACCUCCGCCUCGGUCACAACCCUCUGGCCCACUCCCUCCACCACCGACACCACCGCGACGGCCACCUCACCCCUGCGAACCACACCCAGCCCGACAACACCGCACACUACUCCAGGCAGCCCGUCCUCAACCUUCUACCCCACUGGAAGCACAGUCACGUCGGCAGUGGCCUCCUCCCCCUCUACCUCUGCCGGCCCGCACACCUCCACCACCCCAGCUCCAUCUUCUGCCAGUACAGGCAUCUCCACCGCCACGCCAACCACCACCAACUCCACAUCCACUAGGACCCCUGGCUCACUGACCACCCUGACCGGCCUCAGCUCCAGCAAGUCACCAAGCCCCACAAGUGUCAUGCCCUCUUCCGGCCCCCUGCACAUCCCAGGCACCACUCUCGCUGUCACCACCACCUCUGCCCCGCUGCCUGCUACCACAUCCCCGCUCACAAGUGCCCACGGCACUGCCACCCCCUCCCUCACCACCAGCACUCCGGUUCCAUCCGCUGGCCCCUCUCCCACGCCUGCCAGCAGGCCCAAGGCCACUCAGGCCGAGAGUAGCCCUCCGCCGGCCACGAGCAGCAGCACACUGAGCACCAGCACGGUCCCACCUAGCAAGGACAUGCCCUCACAUACUCCCAGCACCGCCACCGCCACCGCCACCGCCACCGCCACCGCCACCACCACCAUCACACGGGAAAUCACCACUCCCGCCGACACGGCCGCCCCCGCCACCUCCAUCACAACCCCUCUGCCCACCCCCUCCACGACAGGAACCACCGUGACAGCCACGGCACACCUGCGAACCACACCCACCCCGGCAGCCCCACGGAGUACCUCGGGCAUCACUCCCCCAACCGCCUACUCCACGGGAGGCUCAAGCACAUCUGCAGUUACCUCGCCUCUCCCUAGCCCUGCUUCCCUGCAGACAUCCAGAACCCUAGCUCCGUCUCCUGAGCCUUCGGGCACGCCCACCAGCACACCCACCACCCGCUCCACAUCCACCAGCCCCACUGCCUCCUUGACCAUCACCACUGACCUCACCUCCACACCCACUCUCUCCAGCCUGGCCCCCACCCGCACGCGUGUCAUCCCGUCCUCCCCCACCGUCCACACCACAGCCGCAACACUCAGUGCCCUCACCACCUCGGCCACGAUGCCCGACACGACAUCCGUGCCCCCAAGUACCCACCGCGCUGCCUCUCCCUCCGUCACUGCAGCCGCUCCCGGGACCUCUGCAGCCUCCCCUUCCACGUCCACCAGCAGUAGCAGGACCACCCCGCCCCAGGGGGCCACCGCUGCCUCCACCAGCACCAGCACCAGCACCGGCCCCGGCACCAGCACACUGCACACGACCACGCUUCCUCCCUCCAGUGACACGCCUGCACAGCCUUUCACGACACGCACUACUUCUCAGCCCCCAGUCACAUCAUCGGUCACCCCCAGGCGCACCGCCAGCUCCCUGGCCUCCCACGCCUCCUCUCCAGCCACGUCCACCCCUCCACCUCCCACUGGGACCCCCACCCCCAUCGCAACGGGAAUCACCACGCCCACUGACACCGCAACCCCCGCCACCUCCGCCUCGGUCACAACCCUCUGGCCCACUCCCUCCACCACCGACACCACCGCGACGGCCACCUCACCCCUGCGAACCACACCCAGCCCGACAACACCGCACACUACUCCAGGCAGCCCGUCCUCAACCUUCUACCCCACUGGAAGCACAGUCACGUCGGCAGUGGCCUCCUCCCCCUCUACCUCUGCCGGCCCGCACACCUCCACCACCCCAGCUCCAUCUUCUGCCAGUACAGGCAUCUCCACCGCCACGCCAACCACCACCAACUCCACAUCCACUAGGACCCCUGGCUCACUGACCACCCUGACCGGCCUCAGCUCCAGCAAGUCACCAAGCCCCACAAGUGUCAUGCCCUCUUCCGGCCCCCUGCACAUCCCAGGCACCACUCUCGCUGUCACCACCACCUCUGCCCCGCUGCCUGCUACCACAUCCCCGCUCACAAGUGCCCACGGCACUGCCACCCCCUCCCUCACCACCAGCACUCCGGUUCCAUCCGCUGGCCCCUCUCCCACGCCUGCCAGCAGGCCCAAGGCCACUCAGGCCGAGAGUAGCCCUCCGCCGGCCACGAGCAGCAGCACACUGAGCACCAGCACGGUCCCACCUAGCAAGGACAUGCCCUCACAUACUCCCAGCACCGCCACCGCCACCGCCACCGCCACCGCCACCGCCACCACCACCAUCACACGGGAAAUCACCACUCCCGCCGACACGGCCGCCCCCGCCACCUCCAUCACAACCCCUCUGCCCACCCCCUCCACGACAGGAACCACCGUGACAGCCACGGCACACCUGCGAACCACACCCACCCCGGCAGCCCCACGGAGUACCUCGGGCAUCACUCCCCCAACCGCCUACUCCACGGGAGGCUCAAGCACAUCUGCAGUUACCUCGCCUCUCCCUAGCCCUGCUUCCCUGCAGACAUCCAGAACCCUAGCUCCGUCUCCUGAGCCUUCGGGCACGCCCACCAGCACACCCACCACCCGCUCCACAUCCACCAGCCCCACUGCCUCCUUGACCAUCACCACUGACCUCACCUCCACACCCACUCUCUCCAGCCUGGCCCCCACCCGCACGCGUGUCAUCCCGUCCUCCCCCACCGUCCACACCACAGCCGCAACACUCAGUGCCCUCACCACCUCGGCCACGAUGCCCGACACGACAUCCGUGCCCCCAAGUACCCACCGCGCUGCCUCUCCCUCCGUCACUGCAGCCGCUCCCGGGACCUCUGCAGCCUCCCCUUCCACGUCCACCAGCAGUAGCAGGACCACCCCGCCCCAGGGGGCCACCGCUGCCUCCACCAGCACCAGCACCAGCACCGGCCCCGGCACCAGCACACUGCACACGACCACGCUUCCUCCCUCCAGUGACACGCCUGCACAGCCUUUCACGACACGCACUACUUCUCAGCCCCCAGUCACAUCAUCGGUCACCCCCAGGCGCACCGCCAGCUCCCUGGCCUCCCACGCCUCCUCUCCAGCCACGUCCACCCCUCCACCUCCCACUGGGACCCCCACCCCCAUCGCAACGGGAAUCACCACGCCCACUGACACCGCAACCCCCGCCACCUCCGCCUCGGUCACAACCCUCUGGCCCACUCCCUCCACCACCGACACCACCGCGACGGCCACCUCACCCCUGCGAACCACACCCAGCCCGACAACACCGCACACUACUCCAGGCAGCCCGUCCUCAACCUUCUACCCCACUGGAAGCACAGUCACGUCGGCAGUGGCCUCCUCCCCCUCUACCUCUGCCGGCCCGCACACCUCCACCACCCCAGCUCCAUCUUCUGCCAGUACAGGCAUCUCCACCGCCACGCCAACCACCACCAACUCCACAUCCACUAGGACCCCUGGCUCACUGACCACCCUGACCGGCCUCAGCUCCAGCAAGUCACCAAGCCCCACAAGUGUCAUGCCCUCUUCCGGCCCCCUGCACAUCCCAGGCACCACACUCGCUGUCACCACCACCUCUGCCCCGCUGCCUGCUACCACAUCCCCGCUCACAAGUGCCCACGGCACUGCCACCCCCUCCCUCACCACCAGCACUCCGGUUCCAUCCGCUGGCCCCUCUCCCACGCCUGCCAGCAGGCCCAAGGCCACUCAGGCCGAGAGUAGCCCUCCGCCGGCCACGAGCAGCAGCACACUGAGCACCAGCACGGUCCCACCUAGCAAGGACAUGCCCUCACAUACUCCCAGCACCGCCACCGCCACCGCCACCGCCACCGCCACCACCACCAUCACACGGGAAAUCACCACUCCCGCCGACACGGCCGCCCCCGCCACCUCCAUCACAACCCCUCUGCCCACCCCCUCCACGACAGGAACCACCGUGACAGCCACGGCACACCUGCGAACCACACCCACCCCGGCAGCCCCACGGAGUACCUCGGGCAUCACUCCCCCAACCGCCUACUCCACGGGAGGCUCAAGCACAUCUGCAGUUACCUCGCCUCUCCCUAGCCCUGCUUCCCUGCAGACAUCCAGAACCCUAGCUCCGUCUCCUGAGCCUUCGGGCACGCCCACCAGCACACCCACCACCCGCUCCACAUCCACCAGCCCCACUGCCUCCUUGACCAUCACCACUGACCUCACCUCCACACCCACUCUCUCCAGCCUGGCCCCCACCCGCACGCGUGUCAUCCCGUCCUCCCCCACCGUCCACACCACAGCCGCAACACUCAGUGCCCUCACCACCUCGGCCACGAUGCCCGACACGACAUCCGUGCCCCCAAGUACCCACCGCGCUGCCUCUCCCUCCGUCACUGCAGCCGCUCCCGGGACCUCUGCAGCCUCCCCUUCCACGUCCACCAGCAGUAGCAGGACCACCCCGCCCCAGGGGGCCACCGCUGCCUCCACCAGCACCAGCACCAGCACCGGCCCCGGCACCAGCACACUGCACACGACCACGCUUCCUCCCUCCAGUGACACGCCUGCACAGCCUUUCACGACACGCACUACUUCUCAGCCCCCAGUCACAUCAUCGGUCACCCCCAGGCGCACCGCCAGCUCCCUGGCCUCCCACGCCUCCUCUCCAGCCACGUCCACCCCUCCACCUCCCACUGGGACCCCCACCCCCAUCGCAACGGGAAUCACCACGCCCACUGACACCGCAACCCCCGCCACCUCCGCCUCGGUCACAACCCUCUGGCCCACUCCCUCCACCACCGACACCACCGCGACGGCCACCUCACCCCUGCGAACCACACCCAGCCCGACAACACCGCACACUACUCCAGGCAGCCCGUCCUCAACCUUCUACCCCACUGGAAGCACAGUCACGUCGGCAGUGGCCUCCUCCCCCUCUACCUCUGCCGGCCCGCACACCUCCACCACCCCAGCUCCAUCUUCUGCCAGUACAGGCAUCUCCACCGCCACGCCAACCACCACCAACUCCACAUCCACUAGGACCCCUGGCUCACUGACCACCCUGACCGGCCUCAGCUCCAGCAAGUCACCAAGCCCCACAAGUGUCAUGCCCUCUUCCGGCCCCCUGCACAUCCCAGGCACCACACUCGCUGUCACCACCACCUCUGCCCCGCUGCCUGCUACCACAUCCCCGCUCACAAGUGCCCACGGCACUGCCACCCCCUCCCUCACCACCAGCACUCCGGUUCCAUCCGCUGGCCCCUCUCCCACGCCUGCCAGCAGGCCCAAGGCCACUCAGGCCGAGAGUAGCCCUCCGCCGGCCACGAGCAGCAGCACACUGAGCACCAGCACGGUCCCACCUAGCAAGGACAUGCCCUCACAUACUCCCAGCACCGCCACCGCCACCGCCACCGCCACCGCCACCACCACCAUCACACGGGAAAUCACCACUCCCGCCGACACGGCCGCCCCCGCCACCUCCAUCACAACCCCUCUGCCCACCCCCUCCACGACAGGAACCACCGUGACAGCCACGGCACACCUGCGAACCACACCCACCCCGGCAGCCCCACGGAGUACCUCGGGCAUCACUCCCCCAACCGCCUACUCCACGGGAGGCUCAAGCACAUCUGCAGUUACCUCGCCUCUCCCUAGCCCUGCUUCCCUGCAGACAUCCAGAACCCUAGCUCCGUCUCCUGAGCCUUCGGGCACGCCCACCAGCACACCCACCACCCGCUCCACAUCCACCAGCCCCACUGCCUCCUUGACCAUCACCACUGACCUCACCUCCACACCCACUCUCUCCAGCCUGGCCCCCACCCGCACGCGUGUCAUCCCGUCCUCCCCCACCGUCCACACCACAGCCGCAACACUCAGUGCCCUCACCACCUCGGCCACGAUGCCCGACACGACAUCCGUGCCCCCAAGUACCCACCGCGCUGCCUCUCCCUCCGUCACUGCAGCCGCUCCCGGGACCUCUGCAGCCUCCCCUUCCACGUCCACCAGCAGUAGCAGGACCACCCCGCCCCAGGGGGCCACCGCUGCCUCCACCAGCACCAGCACCAGCACCGGCCCCGGCACCAGCACACUGCACACGACCACGCUUCCUCCCUCCAGUGACACGCCUGCACAGCCUUUCACGACACGCACUACUUCUCAGCCCCCAGUCACAUCAUCGGUCACCCCCAGGCGCACCGCCAGCUCCCUGGCCUCCCACGCCUCCUCUCCAGCCACGUCCACCCCUCCACCUCCCACUGGGACCCCCACCCCCAUCGCAACGGGAAUCACCACGCCCACUGACACCGCAACCCCCGCCACCUCCGCCUCGGUCACAACCCUCUGGCCCACUCCCUCCACCACCGACACCACCGCGACGGCCACCUCACCCCUGCGAACCACACCCAGCCCGACAACACCGCACACUACUCCAGGCAGCCCGUCCUCAACCUUCUACCCCACUGGAAGCACAGUCACGUCGGCAGUGGCCUCCUCCCCCUCUACCUCUGCCGGCCCGCACACCUCCACCACCCCAGCUCCAUCUUCUGCCAGUACAGGCAUCUCCACCGCCACGCCAACCACCACCAACUCCACAUCCACUAGGACCCCUGGCUCACUGACCACCCUGACCGGCCUCAGCUCCAGCAAGUCACCAAGCCCCACAAGUGUCAUGCCCUCUUCCGGCCCCCUGCACAUCCCAGGCACCACUCUCGCUGUCACCACCACCUCUGCCCCGCUGCCUGCUACCACAUCCCCGCUCACAAGUGCCCACGGCACUGCCACCCCCUCCCUCACCACCAGCACUCCGGUUCCAUCCGCUGGCCCCUCUCCCACGCCUGCCAGCAGGCCCAAGGCCACUCAGGCCGAGAGUAGCCCUCCGCCGGCCACGAGCAGCAGCACACUGAGCACCAGCACGGUCCCACCUAGCAAGGACAUGCCCUCACAUACUCCCAGCACCGCCACCGCCACCGCCACCGCCACCACCACCAUCACACGGGAAAUCACCACUCCCGCCGACACGGCCGCCCCCGCCACCUCCAUCACAACCCCUCUGCCCACCCCCUCCACGACAGGAACCACCGUGACAGCCACGGCACACCUGCGAACCACACCCACCCCGGCAGCCCCACGGAGUACCUCGGGCAUCACUCCCCCAACCGCCUACUCCACGGGAGGCUCAAGCACAUCUGCAGUUACCUCGCCUCUCCCUAGCCCUGCUUCCCUGCAGACAUCCAGAACCCUAGCUCCGUCUCCUGAGCCUUCGGGCACGCCCACCAGCACACCCACCACCCGCUCCACAUCCACCAGCCCCACUGCCUCCUUGACCAUCACCACUGACCUCACCUCCACACCCACUCUCUCCAGCCUGGCCCCCACCCGCACGCGUGUCAUCCCGUCCUCCCCCACCGUCCACACCACAGCCGCAACACUCAGUGCCCUCACCACCUCGGCCACGAUGCCCGACACGACAUCCGUGCCCCCAAGUACCCACCGCGCUGCCUCUCCCUCCGUCACUGCAGCCGCUCCCGGGACCUCUGCAGCCUCCCCUUCCACGUCCACCAGCAGUAGCAGGACCACCCCGCCCCAGGGGGCCACCGCUGCCUCCACCAGCACCAGCACCAGCACCGGCCCCGGCACCAGCACACUGCACACGACCACGCUUCCUCCCUCCAGUGACACGCCUGCACAGCCUUUCACGACACGCACUACUUCUCAGCCCCCAGUCGCAUCAUCGGUCACCCCCAGGCGCACCGCCAGCUCCCUGGCCUCCCACGCCUCCUCUCCAGUGACCACCGAUACCUUCACCUCAGCCACGAGCCUGCCUCUGUCUUCUCCUCCUGCCUCAAUCGCACGGCCAGCCCCCACUUCCGCCCCGCACCCGAGCCCUCUCUCCACCUUGGUCACCACCAUCCCCACCACCCAGGCCACGUCCACCCCUCCACCUCCCACUGGGACCCCCACCCCCAUCGCAACGGGAAUCACCACGCCCACUGACACCGCAACCCCCGCCACCUCCGCCUCGGUCACAACCCUCUGGCCCACUCCCUCCACCACCGACACCACCGCGACGGCCACCUCACCCCUGCGAACCACACCCAGCCCGACAACACCGCACACUACUCCAGGCAGCCCGUCCUCAACCUUCUACCCCACUGGAAGCACAGUCACGUCGGCAGUGGCCUCCUCCCCCUCUACCUCUGCCGGCCCGCACACCUCCACCACCCCAGCUCCAUCUUCUGCCAGUACAGGCAUCUCCACCGCCACGCCAACCACCACCAACUCCACAUCCACUAGGACCCCUGGCUCACUGACCACCCUGACCGGCCUCAGCUCCAGCAAGUCACCAAGCCCCACAAGUGUCAUGCCCUCUUCCGGCCCCCUGCACAUCCCAGGCACCACUCUCGCUGUCACCACCACCUCUGCCCCGCUGCCUGCUACCACAUCCCCGCUCACAAGUGCCCACGGCACUGCCACCCCCUCCCUCACCACCAGCACUCCGGUUCCAUCCGCUGGCCCCUCUCCCACGCCUGCCAGCAGGCCCAAGGCCACUCAGGCCGAGAGUAGCCCUCCGCCGGCCACGAGCAGCAGCACACUGAGCACCAGCACGGUCCCACCUAGCAAGGACAUGCCCUCACAUACUCCCAGCACCGCCACCGCCACCGCCACCGCCACCGCCACCGCCACCACCACCAUCACACGGGAAAUCACCACUCCCGCCGACACGGCCGCCCCCGCCACCUCCAUCACAACCCCUCUGCCCACCCCCUCCACGACAGGAACCACCGUGACAGCCACGGCACACCUGCGAACCACACCCACCCCGGCAGCCCCACGGAGUACCUCGGGCAUCACUCCCCCAACCGCCUACUCCAUGGGAGGCUCAAGCACAUCUGCAGUUACCUCGCCUCUCCCUAGCCCUGCUUCCCUGCAGACAUCCAGAACCCUAGCUCCGUCUCCUGAGCCUUCGGGCACGCCCACCAGCACACCCACCACCCGCUCCACAUCCACCAGCCCCACUGCCUCCUUGACCAUCACCACUGACCUCACCUCCACACCCACUCUCUCCAGCCUGGCCCCCACCCGCACGCGUGUCAUCCCGUCCUCCCCCACCGUCCACACCACAGCCGCAACACUCAGUGCCCUCACCACCUCGGCCACGAUGCCCGACACGACAUCCGUGCCCCCAAGUACCCACCGCGCUGCCUCUCCCUCCGUCACUGCAGCCGCUCCCGGGACCUCUGCAGCCUCCCCUUCCACGUCCACCAGCAGUAGCAGGACCACCCCGCCCCAGGGGGCCACCGCUGCCUCCACCAGCACCAGCACCAGCACCGGCCCCGGCACCAGCACACUGCACACGACCACGCUUCCUCCCUCCAGUGACACGCCUGCACAGCCUUUCACGACACGCACUACUUCUCAGCCCCCAGUCACAUCAUCGGUCACCCCCAGGCGCACCGCCAGCUCCCUGGCCUCCCACGCCUCCUCUCCAGCCACGUCCACCCCUCCACCUCCCACUGGGACCCCCACCCCCAUCGCAACGGGAAUCACCACGCCCACUGACACCGCAACCCCCGCCACCUCCGCCUCGGUCACAACCCUCUGGCCCACUCCCUCCACCACCGACACCACCGCGACGGCCACCUCACCCCUGCGAACCACACCCAGCCCGACAACACCGCACACUACUCCAGGCAGCCCGUCCUCAACCUUCUACCCCACUGGAAGCACAGUCACGUCGGCAGUGGCCUCCUCCCCCUCUACCUCUGCCGGCCCGCACACCUCCACCACCCCAGCUCCAUCUUCUGCCAGUACAGGCAUCUCCACCGCCACGCCAACCACCACCAACUCCACAUCCACUAGGACCCCUGGCUCACUGACCACCCUGACCGGCCUCAGCUCCAGCAAGUCACCAAGCCCCACAAGUGUCAUGCCCUCUUCCGGCCCCCUGCACAUCCCAGGCACCACUCUCGCUGUCACCACCACCUCUGCCCCGCUGCCUGCUACCACAUCCCCGCUCACAAGUGCCCACGGCACUGCCACCCCCUCCCUCACCACCAGCACUCCGGUUCCAUCCGCUGGCCCCUCUCCCACGCCUGCCAGCAGGCCCAAGGCCACUCAGGCCGAGAGUAGCCCUCCGCCGGCCACGAGCAGCAGCACACUGAGCACCAGCACGGUCCCACCUAGCAAGGACAUGCCCUCACAUACUCCCAGCACCGCCACCGCCACCGCCACCGCCACCGCCACCGCCACCACCACCAUCACACGGGAAAUCACCACUCCCGCCGACACGGCCGCCCCCGCCACCUCCAUCACAACCCCUCUGCCCACCCCCUCCACGACAGGAACCACCGUGACAGCCACGGCACACCUGCGAACCACACCCACCCCGGCAGCCCCACGGAGUACCUCGGGCAUCACUCCCCCAACCGCCUACUCCACGGGAGGCUCAAGCACAUCUGCAGUUACCUCGCCUCUCCCUAGCCCUGCUUCCCUGCAGACAUCCAGAACCCUAGCUCCGUCUCCUGAGCCUUCGGGCACGCCCACCAGCACACCCACCACCCGCUCCACAUCCACCAGCCCCACUGCCUCCUUGACCAUCACCACUGACCUCACCUCCACACCCACUCUCUCCAGCCUGGCCCCCACCCGCACGCGUGUCAUCCCGUCCUCCCCCACCGUCCACACCACAGCCGCAACACUCAGUGCCCUCACCACCUCGGCCACGAUGCCCGACACGACAUCCGUGCCCCCAAGUACCCACCGCGCUGCCUCUCCCUCCGUCACUGCAGCCGCUCCCGGGACCUCUGCAGCCUCCCCUUCCACGUCCACCAGCAGUAGCAGGACCACCCCGCCCCAGGGGGCCACCGCUGCCUCCACCAGCACCAGCACCAGCACCGGCCCCGGCACCAGCACACUGCACACGACCACGCUUCCUCCCUCCAGUGACACGCCUGCACAGCCUUUCACGACACGCACUACUUCUCAGCCCCCAGUCACAUCAUCGGUCACCCCCAGGCGCACCGCCAGCUCCCUGGCCUCCCACGCCUCCUCUCCAGCCACGUCCACCCCUCCACCUCCCACUGGGACCCCCACCCCCAUCGCAACGGGAAUCACCACGCCCACUGACACCGCAACCCCCGCCACCUCCGCCUCGGUCACAACCCUCUGGCCCACUCCCUCCACCACCGACACCACCGCGACGGCCACCUCACCCCUGCGAACCACACCCAGCCCGACAACACCGCACACUACUCCAGGCAGCCCGUCCUCAACCUUCUACCCCACUGGAAGCACAGUCACGUCGGCAGUGGCCUCCUCCCCCUCUACCUCUGCCGGCCCGCACACCUCCACCACCCCAGCUCCAUCUUCUGCCAGUACAGGCAUCUCCACCGCCACGCCAACCACCACCAACUCCACAUCCACUAGGACCCCUGGCUCACUGACCACCCUGACCGGCCUCAGCUCCAGCAAGUCACCAAGCCCCACAAGUGUCAUGCCCUCUUCCGGCCCCCUGCACAUCCCAGGCACCACUCUCGCUGUCACCACCACCUCUGCCCCGCUGCCUGCUACCACAUCCCCGCUCACAAGUGCCCACGGCACUGCCACCCCCUCCCUCACCACCAGCACUCCGGUUCCAUCCGCUGGCCCCUCUCCCACGCCUGCCAGCAGGCCCAAGGCCACUCAGGCCGAGAGUAGCCCUCCGCCGGCCACGAGCAGCAGCACACUGAGCACCAGCACGGUCCCACCUAGCAAGGACAUGCCCUCACAUACUCCCAGCACCGCCACCGCCACCGCCACCGCCACCGCCACCACCACCAUCACACGGGAAAUCACCACUCCCGCCGACACGGCCGCCCCCGCCACCUCCAUCACAACCCCUCUGCCCACCCCCUCCACGACAGGAACCACCGUGACAGCCACGGCACACCUGCGAACCACACCCACCCCGGCAGCCCCACGGAGUACCUCGGGCAUCACUCCCCCAACCGCCUACUCCACGGGAGGCUCAAGCACAUCUGCAGUUACCUCGCCUCUCCCUAGCCCUGCUUCCCUGCAGACAUCCAGAACCCUAGCUCCGUCUCCUGAGCCUUCGGGCACGCCCACCAGCACACCCACCACCCGCUCCACAUCCACCAGCCCCACUGCCUCCUUGACCAUCACCACUGACCUCACCUCCACACCCACUCUCUCCAGCCUGGCCCCCACCCGCACGCGUGUCAUCCCGUCCUCCCCCACCGUCCACACCACAGCCGCAACACUCAGUGCCCUCACCACCUCGGCCACGAUGCCCGACACGACAUCCGUGCCCCCAAGUACCCACCGCGCUGCCUCUCCCUCCGUCACUGCAGCCGCUCCCGGGACCUCUGCAGCCUCCCCUUCCACGUCCACCAGCAGUAGCAGGACCACCCCGCCCCAGGGGGCCACCGCUGCCUCCACCAGCACCAGCACCAGCACCGGCCCCGGCACCAGCACACUGCACACGACCACGCUUCCUCCCUCCAGUGACACGCCUGCACAGCCUUUCACGACACGCACUACUUCUCAGCCCCCAGUCACAUCAUCGGUCACCCCCAGGCGCACCGCCAGCUCCCUGGCCUCCCACGCCUCCUCUCCAGCCACGUCCACCCCUCCACCUCCCACUGGGACCCCCACCCCCAUCGCAACGGGAAUCACCACGCCCACUGACACCGCAACCCCCGCCACCUCCGCCUCGGUCACAACCCUCUGGCCCACUCCCUCCACCACCGACACCACCGCGACGGCCACCUCACCCCUGCGAACCACACCCAGCCCGACAACACCGCACACUACUCCAGGCAGCCCGUCCUCAACCUUCUACCCCACUGGAAGCACAGUCACGUCGGCAGUGGCCUCCUCCCCCUCUACCUCUGCCGGCCCGCACACCUCCACCACCCCAGCUCCAUCUUCUGCCAGUACAGGCAUCUCCACCGCCACGCCAACCACCACCAACUCCACAUCCACUAGGACCCCUGGCUCACUGACCACCCUGACCGGCCUCAGCUCCAGCAAGUCACCAAGCCCCACAAGUGUCAUGCCCUCUUCCGGCCCCCUGCACAUCCCAGGCACCACUCUCGCUGUCACCACCACCUCUGCCCCGCUGCCUGCUACCACAUCCCCGCUCACAAGUGCCCACGGCACUGCCACCCCCUCCCUCACCACCAGCACUCCGGUUCCAUCCGCUGGCCCCUCUCCCACGCCUGCCAGCAGGCCCAAGGCCACUCAGGCCGAGAGUAGCCCUCCGCCGGCCACGAGCAGCAGCACACUGAGCACCAGCACGGUCCCACCUAGCAAGGACAUGCCCUCACAUACUCCCAGCACCGCCACCGCCACCGCCACCGCCACCGCCACCACCACCAUCACACGGGAAAUCACCACUCCCGCCGACACGGCCGCCCCCGCCACCUCCAUCACAACCCCUCUGCCCACCCCCUCCACGACAGGAACCACCGUGACAGCCACGGCACACCUGCGAACCACACCCACCCCGGCAGCCCCACGGAGUACCUCGGGCAUCACUCCCCCAACCGCCUACUCCACGGGAGGCUCAAGCACAUCUGCAGUUACCUCGCCUCUCCCUAGCCCUGCUUCCCUGCAGACAUCCAGAACCCUAGCUCCGUCUCCUGAGCCUUCGGGCACGCCCACCAGCACACCCACCACCCGCUCCACAUCCACCAGCCCCACUGCCUCCUUGACCAUCACCACUGACCUCACCUCCACACCCACUCUCUCCAGCCUGGCCCCCACCCGCACGCGUGUCAUCCCGUCCUCCCCCACCGUCCACACCACAGCCGCAACACUCAGUGCCCUCACCACCUCGGCCACGAUGCCCGACACGACAUCCGUGCCCCCAAGUACCCACCGCGCUGCCUCUCCCUCCGUCACUGCAGCCGCUCCCGGGACCUCUGCAGCCUCCCCUUCCACGUCCACCAGCAGUAGCAGGACCACCCCGCCCCAGGGGGCCACCGCUGCCUCCACCAGCACCAGCACCAGCACCGGCCCCGGCACCAGCACACUGCACACGACCACGCUUCCUCCCUCCAGUGACACGCCUGCACAGCCUUUCACGACACGCACUACUUCUCAGCCCCCAGUCACAUCAUCGGUCACCCCCAGGCGCACCGCCAGCUCCCUGGCCUCCCACGCCUCCUCUCCAGCCACGUCCACCCCUCCACCUCCCACUGGGACCCCCACCCCCAUCGCAACGGGAAUCACCACGCCCACUGACACCGCAACCCCCGCCACCUCCGCCUCGGUCACAACCCUCUGGCCCACUCCCUCCACCACCGACACCACCGCGACGGCCACCUCACCCCUGCGAACCACACCCAGCCCGACAACACCGCACACUACUCCAGGCAGCCCGUCCUCAACCUUCUACCCCACUGGAAGCACAGUCACGUCGGCAGUGGCCUCCUCCCCCUCUACCUCUGCCGGCCCGCACACCUCCACCACCCCAGCUCCAUCUUCUGCCAGUACAGGCAUCUCCACCGCCACGCCAACCACCACCAACUCCACAUCCACUAGGACCCCUGGCUCACUGACCACCCUGACCGGCCUCAGCUCCAGCAAGUCACCAAGCCCCACAAGUGUCAUGCCCUCUUCCGGCCCCCUGCACAUCCCAGGCACCACUCUCGCUGUCACCACCACCUCUGCCCCGCUGCCUGCUACCACAUCCCCGCUCACAAGUGCCCACGGCACUGCCACCCCCUCCCUCACCACCAGCACUCCGGUUCCAUCCGCUGGCCCCUCUCCCACGCCUGCCAGCAGGCCCAAGGCCACUCAGGCCGAGAGUAGCCCUCCGCCGGCCACGAGCAGCAGCACACUGAGCACCAGCACGGUCCCACCUAGCAAGGACAUGCCCUCACAUACUCCCAGCACCACCACCGCCACCGCCACCGCCACCGCCACCGCCACCACCACCAUCACACGGGAAAUCACCACUCCCGCCGACACGGCCGCCCCCGCCACCUCCAUCACAACCCCUCUGCCCACCCCCUCCACGACAGGAACCACCGUGACAGCCACGGCACACCUGCGAACCACACCCACCCCGGCAGCCCCACGGAGUACCUCGGGCAUCACUCCCCCAACCGCCUACUCCACGGGAGGCUCAAGCACAUCUGCAGUUACCUCGCCUCUCCCUAGCCCUGCUUCCCUGCAGACAUCCAGAACCCUAGCUCCGUCUCCUGAGCCUUCGGGCACGCCCACCAGCACACCCACCACCCGCUCCACAUCCACCAGCCCCACUGCCUCCUUGACCAUCACCACUGACCUCACCUCCACACCCACUCUCUCCAGCCUGGCCCCCACCCGCACGCGUGUCAUCCCGUCCUCCCCCACCGUCCACACCACAGCCGCAACACUCAGUGCCCUCACCACCUCGGCCACGAUGCCCGACACGACAUCCGUGCCCCCAAGUACCCACCGCGCUGCCUCUCCCUCCGUCACUGCAGCCGCUCCCGGGACCUCUGCAGCCUCCCCUUCCACGUCCACCAGCAGUAGCAGGACCACCCCGCCCCAGGGGGCCACCGCUGCCUCCACCAGCACCAGCACCAGCACCGGCCCCGGCACCAGCACACUGCACACGACCACGCUUCCUCCCUCCAGUGACACGCCUGCACAGCCUUUCACGACACGCACUACUUCUCAGCCCCCAGUCACAUCAUCGGUCACCCCCAGGCGCACCGCCAGCUCCCUGGCCUCCCACGCCUCCUCUCCAGCCACGUCCACCCCUCCACCUCCCACUGGGACCCCCACCCCCAUCGCAACGGGAAUCACCACGCCCACUGACACCGCAACCCCCGCCACCUCCGCCUCGGUCACAACCCUCUGGCCCACUCCCUCCACCACCGACACCACCGCGACGGCCACCUCACCCCUGCGAACCACACCCAGCCCGACAACACCGCACACUACUCCAGGCAGCCCGUCCUCAACCUUCUACCCCACUGGAAGCACAGUCACGUCGGCAGUGGCCUCCUCCCCCUCUACCUCUGCCGGCCCGCACACCUCCACCACCCCAGCUCCAUCUUCUGCCAGUACAGGCAUCUCCACCGCCACGCCAACCACCACCAACUCCACAUCCACUAGGACCCCUGGCUCACUGACCACCCUGACCGGCCUCAGCUCCAGCAAGUCACCAAGCCCCACAAGUGUCAUGCCCUCUUCCGGCCCCCUGCACAUCCCAGGCACCACUCUCGCUGUCACCACCACCUCUGCCCCGCUGCCUGCUACCACAUCCCCGCUCACAAGUGCCCACGGCACUGCCACCCCCUCCCUCACCACCAGCACUCCGGUUCCAUCCGCUGGCCCCUCUCCCACGCCUGCCAGCAGGCCCAAGGCCACUCAGGCCGAGAGUAGCCCUCCGCCGGCCACGAGCAGCAGCACACUGAGCACCAGCACGGUCCCACCUAGCAAGGACAUGCCCUCACAUACUCCCAGCACCGCCACCGCCACCGCCACCGCCACCGCCACCACCACCAUCACACGGGAAAUCACCACUCCCGCCGACACGGCCGCCCCCGCCACCUCCAUCACAACCCCUCUGCCCACCCCCUCCACGACAGGAACCACCGUGACAGCCACGGCACACCUGCGAACCACACCCACCCCGGCAGCCCCACGGAGUACCUCGGGCAUCACUCCCCCAACCGCCUACUCCACGGGAGGCUCAAGCACAUCUGCAGUUACCUCGCCUCUCCCUAGCCCUGCUUCCCUGCAGACAUCCAGAACCCUAGCUCCGUCUCCUGAGCCUUCGGGCACGCCCACCAGCACACCCACCACCCGCUCCACAUCCACCAGCCCCACUGCCUCCUUGACCAUCACCACUGACCUCACCUCCACACCCACUCUCUCCAGCCUGGCCCCCACCCGCACGCGUGUCAUCCCGUCCUCCCCCACCGUCCACACCACAGCCGCAACACUCAGUGCCCUCACCACCUCGGCCACGAUGCCCGACACGACAUCCGUGCCCCCAAGUACCCACCGCGCUGCCUCUCCCUCCGUCACUGCAGCCGCUCCCGGGACCUCUGCAGCCUCCCCUUCCACGUCCACCAGCAGUAGCAGGACCACCCCGCCCCAGGGGGCCACCGCUGCCUCCACCAGCACCAGCACCAGCACCGGCCCCGGCACCAGCACACUGCACACGACCACGCUUCCUCCCUCCAGUGACACGCCUGCACAGCCUUUCACGACACGCACUACUUCUCAGCCCCCAGUCACAUCAUCGGUCACCCCCAGGCGCACCGCCAGCUCCCUGGCCUCCCACGCCUCCUCUCCAGCCACGUCCACCCCUCCACCUCCCACUGGGACCCCCACCCCCAUCGCAACGGGAAUCACCACGCCCACUGACACCGCAACCCCCGCCACCUCCGCCUCGGUCACAACCCUCUGGCCCACUCCCUCCACCACCGACACCACCGCGACGGCCACCUCACCCCUGCGAACCACACCCAGCCCGACAACACCGCACACUACUCCAGGCAGCCCGUCCUCAACCUUCUACCCCACUGGAAGCACAGUCACGUCGGCAGUGGCCUCCUCCCCCUCUACCUCUGCCGGCCCGCACACCUCCACCACCCCAGCUCCAUCUUCUGCCAGUACAGGCAUCUCCACCGCCACGCCAACCACCACCAACUCCACAUCCACUAGGACCCCUGGCUCACUGACCACCCUGACCGGCCUCAGCUCCAGCAAGUCACCAAGCCCCACAAGUGUCAUGCCCUCUUCCGGCCCCCUGCACAUCCCAGGCACCACUCUCGCUGUCACCACCACCUCUGCCCCGCUGCCUGCUACCACAUCCCCGCUCACAAGUGCCCACGGCACUGCCACCCCCUCCCUCACCACCAGCACUCCGGUUCCAUCCGCUGGCCCCUCUCCCACGCCUGCCAGCAGGCCCAAGGCCACUCAGGCCGAGAGUAGCCCUCCGCCGGCCACGAGCAGCAGCACACUGAGCACCAGCACGGUCCCACCUAGCAAGGACAUGCCCUCACAUACUCCCAGCACCGCCACCGCCACCGCCACCGCCACCGCCACCGCCACCACCACCAUCACACGGGAAAUCACCACUCCCGCCGACACGGCCGCCCCCGCCACCUCCAUCACAACCCCUCUGCCCACCCCCUCCACGACAGGAACCACCGUGACAGCCACGGCACACCUGCGAACCACACCCACCCCGGCAGCCCCACGGAGUACCUCGGGCAUCACUCCCCCAACCGCCUACUCCACGGGAGGCUCAAGCACAUCUGCAGUUACCUCGCCUCUCCCUAGCCCUGCUUCCCUGCAGACAUCCAGAACCCUAGCUCCGUCUCCUGAGCCUUCGGGCACGCCCACCAGCACACCCACCACCCGCUCCACAUCCACCAGCCCCACUGCCUCCUUGACCAUCACCACUGACCUCACCUCCACACCCACUCUCUCCAGCCUGGCCCCCACCCGCACGCGUGUCAUCCCGUCCUCCCCCACCGUCCACACCACAGCCGCAACACUCAGUGCCCUCACCACCUCGGCCACGAUGCCCGACACGACAUCCGUGCCCCCAAGUACCCACCGCGCUGCCUCUCCCUCCGUCACUGCAGCCGCUCCCGGGACCUCUGCAGCCUCCCCUUCCACGUCCACCAGCAGUAGCAGGACCACCCCGCCCCAGGGGGCCACCGCUGCCUCCACCAGCACCAGCACCAGCACCGGCCCCGGCACCAGCACACUGCACACGACCACGCUUCCUCCCUCCAGUGACACGCCUGCACAGCCUUUCACGACACGCACUACUUCUCAGCCCCCAGUCACAUCAUCGGUCACCCCCAGGCGCACCGCCAGCUCCCUGGCCUCCCACGCCUCCUCUCCAGCCACGUCCACCCCUCCACCUCCCACUGGGACCCCCACCCCCAUCGCAACGGGAAUCACCACGCCCACUGACACCGCAACCCCCGCCACCUCCGCCUCGGUCACAACCCUCUGGCCCACUCCCUCCACCACCGACACCACCGCGACGGCCACCUCACCCCUGCGAACCACACCCAGCCCGACAACACCGCACACUACUCCAGGCAGCCCGUCCUCAACCUUCUACCCCACUGGAAGCACAGUCACGUCGGCAGUGGCCUCCUCCCCCUCUACCUCUGCCGGCCCGCACACCUCCACCACCCCAGCUCCAUCUUCUGCCAGUACAGGCAUCUCCACCGCCACGCCAACCGCCACCAACUCCACAUCCACUAGGACCCCUGGCUCACUGACCACCCUGACCGGCCUCAGCUCCAGCAAGUCACCAAGCCCCACAAGUGUCAUGCCCUCUUCCGGCCCCCUGCACAUCCCAGGCACCACUCUCGCUGUCACCACCACCUCUGCCCCGCUGCCUGCUACCACAUCCCCGCUCACAAGUGCCCACGGCACUGCCACCCCCUCCCUCACCACCAGCACUCCGGUUCCAUCCGCUGGCCCCUCUCCCACGCCUGCCAGCAGGCCCAAGGCCACUCAGGCCGAGAGUAGCCCUCCGCCGGCCACGAGCAGCAGCACACUGAGCACCAGCACGGUCCCACCUAGCAAGGACAUGCCCUCACAUACUCCCAGCACCGCCACCGCCACCGCCACCGCCACCGCCACCGCCACCACCACCAUCACACGGGAAAUCACCACUCCCGCCGACACGGCCGCCCCCGCCACCUCCAUCACAACCCCUCUGCCCACCCCCUCCACGACAGGAACCACCGUGACAGCCACGGCACACCUGCGAACCACACCCACCCCGGCAGCCCCACGGAGUACCUCGGGCAUCACUCCCCCAACCGCCUACUCCACGGGAGGCUCAAGCACAUCUGCAGUUACCUCGCCUCUCCCUAGCCCUGCUUCCCUGCAGACAUCCAGAACCCUAGCUCCGUCUCCUGAGCCUUCGGGCACGCCCACCAGCACACCCACCACCCGCUCCACAUCCACCAGCCCCACUGCCUCCUUGACCAUCACCACUGACCUCACCUCCACACCCACUCUCUCCAGCCUGGCCCCCACCCGCACGCGUGUCAUCCCGUCCUCCCCCACCGUCCACACCACAGCCGCAACACUCAGUGCCCUCACCACCUCGGCCACGAUGCCCGACACGACAUCCGUGCCCCCAAGUACCCACCGCGCUGCCUCUCCCUCCGUCACUGCAGCCGCUCCCGGGACCUCUGCAGCCUCCCCUUCCACGUCCACCAGCAGUAGCAGGACCACCCCGCCCCAGGGGGCCACCGCUGCCUCCACCAGCACCAGCACCAGCACCGGCCCCGGCACCAGCACACUGCACACGACCACGCUUCCUCCCUCCAGUGACACGCCUGCACAGCCUUUCACGACACGCACUACUUCUCAGCCCCCAGUCACAUCAUCGGUCACCCCCAGGCGCACCGCCAGCUCCCUGGCCUCCCACGCCUCCUCUCCAGCCACGUCCACCCCUCCACCUCCCACUGGGACCCCCACCCCCAUCGCAACGGGAAUCACCACGCCCACUGACACCGCAACCCCCGCCACCUCCGCCUCGGUCACAACCCUCUGGCCCACUCCCUCCACCACCGACACCACCGCGACGGCCACCUCACCCCUGCGAACCACACCCAGCCCGACAACACCGCACACUACUCCAGGCAGCCCGUCCUCAACCUUCUACCCCACUGGAAGCACAGUCACGUCGGCAGUGGCCUCCUCCCCCUCUACCUCUGCCGGCCCGCACACCUCCACCACCCCAGCUCCAUCUUCUGCCAGUACAGGCAUCUCCACCGCCACGCCAACCACCACCAACUCCACAUCCACUAGGACCCCUGGCUCACUGACCACCCUGACCGGCCUCAGCUCCAGCAAGUCACCAAGCCCCACAAGUGUCAUGCCCUCUUCCGGCCCCCUGCACAUCCCAGGCACCACUCUCGCUGUCACCACCACCUCUGCCCCGCUGCCUGCUACCACAUCCCCGCUCACAAGUGCCCACGGCACUGCCACCCCCUCCCUCACCACCAGCACUCCGGUUCCAUCCGCUGGCCCCUCUCCCACGCCUGCCAGCAGGCCCAAGGCCACUCAGGCCGAGAGUAGCCCUCCGCCGGCCACGAGCAGCAGCACACUGAGCACCAGCACGGUCCCACCUAGCAAGGACAUGCCCUCACAUACUCCCAGCACCGCCACCGCCACCGCCACCGCCACCGCCACCGCCACCACCACCAUCACACGGGAAAUCACCACUCCCGCCGACACGGCCGCCCCCGCCACCUCCAUCACAACCCCUCUGCCCACCCCCUCCACGACAGGAACCACCGUGACAGCCACGGCACACCUGCGAACCACACCCACCCCGGCAGCCCCACGGAGUACCUCGGGCAUCACUCCCCCAACCGCCUACUCCACGGGAGGCUCAAGCACAUCUGCAGUUACCUCGCCUCUCCCUAGCCCUGCUUCCCUGCAGACAUCCAGAACCCUAGCUCCGUCUCCUGAGCCUUCGGGCACGCCCACCAGCACACCCACCACCCGCUCCACAUCCACCAGCCCCACUGCCUCCUUGACCAUCACCACUGACCUCACCUCCACACCCACUCUCUCCAGCCUGGCCCCCACCCGCACGCGUGUCAUCCCGUCCUCCCCCACCGUCCACACCACAGCCGCAACACUCAGUGCCCUCACCACCUCGGCCACGAUGCCCGACACGACAUCCGUGCCCCCAAGUACCCACCGCGCUGCCUCUCCCUCCGUCACUGCAGCCGCUCCCGGGACCUCUGCAGCCUCCCCUUCCACGUCCACCAGCAGUAGCAGGACCACCCCGCCCCAGGGGGCCACCGCUGCCUCCACCAGCACCAGCACCAGCACCGGCCCCGGCACCAGCACACUGCACACGACCACGCUUCCUCCCUCCAGUGACACGCCUGCACAGCCUUUCACGACACGCACUACUUCUCAGCCCCCAGUCACAUCAUCGGUCACCCCCAGGCGCACCGCCAGCUCCCUGGCCUCCCACGCCUCCUCUCCAGCCACGUCCACCCCUCCACCUCCCACUGGGACCCCCACCCCCAUCGCAACGGGAAUCACCACGCCCACUGACACCGCAACCCCCGCCACCUCCGCCUCGGUCACAACCCUCUGGCCCACUCCCUCCACCACCGACACCACCGCGACGGCCACCUCACCCCUGCGAACCACACCCAGCCCGACAACACCGCACACUACUCCAGGCAGCCCGUCCUCAACCUUCUACCCCACUGGAAGCACAGUCACGUCGGCAGUGGCCUCCUCCCCCUCUACCUCUGCCGGCCCGCACACCUCCACCACCCCAGCUCCAUCUUCUGCCAGUACAGGCAUCUCCACCGCCACGCCAACCGCCACCAACUCCACAUCCACUAGGACCCCUGGCUCACUGACCACCCUGACCGGCCUCAGCUCCAGCAAGUCACCAAGCCCCACAAGUGUCAUGCCCUCUUCCGGCCCCCUGCACAUCCCAGGCACCACUCUCGCUGUCACCACCACCUCUGCCCCGCUGCCUGCUACCACAUCCCCGCUCACAAGUGCCCACGGCACUGCCACCCCCUCCCUCACCACCAGCACUCCGGUUCCAUCCGCUGGCCCCUCUCCCACGCCUGCCAGCAGGCCCAAGGCCACUCAGGCCGAGAGUAGCCCUCCGCCGGCCACGAGCAGCAGCACACUGAGCACCAGCACGGUCCCACCUAGCAAGGACAUGCCCUCACAUACUCCCAGCACCGCCACCGCCACCGCCACCGCCACCGCCACCGCCACCACCACCAUCACACGGGAAAUCACCACUCCCGCCGACACGGCCGCCCCCGCCACCUCCAUCACAACCCCUCUGCCCACCCCCUCCACGACAGGAACCACCGUGACAGCCACGGCACACCUGCGAACCACACCCACCCCGGCAGCCCCACGGAGUACCUCGGGCAUCACUCCCCCAACCGCCUACUCCACGGGAGGCUCAAGCACAUCUGCAGUUACCUCGCCUCUCCCUAGCCCUGCUUCCCUGCAGACAUCCAGAACCCUAGCUCCGUCUCCUGAGCCUUCGGGCACGCCCACCAGCACACCCACCACCCGCUCCACAUCCACCAGCCCCACUGCCUCCUUGACCAUCACCACUGACCUCACCUCCACACCCACUCUCUCCAGCCUGGCCCCCACCCGCACGCGUGUCAUCCCGUCCUCCCCCACCGUCCACACCACAGCCGCAACACUCAGUGCCCUCACCACCUCGGCCACGAUGCCCGACACGACAUCCGUGCCCCCAAGUACCCACCGCGCUGCCUCUCCCUCCGUCACUGCAGCCGCUCCCGGGACCUCUGCAGCCUCCCCUUCCACGUCCACCAGCAGUAGCAGGACCACCCCGCCCCAGGGGGCCACCGCUGCCUCCACCAGCACCAGCACCAGCACCGGCCCCGGCACCAGCACACUGCACACGACCACGCUUCCUCCCUCCAGUGACACGCCUGCACAGCCUUUCACGACACGCACUACUUCUCAGCCCCCAGUCACAUCAUCGGUCACCCCCAGGCGCACCGCCAGCUCCCUGGCCUCCCACGCCUCCUCUCCAGCCACGUCCACCCCUCCACCUCCCACUGGGACCCCCACCCCCAUCGCAACGGGAAUCACCACGCCCACUGACACCGCAACCCCCGCCACCUCCGCCUCGGUCACAACCCUCUGGCCCACUCCCUCCACCACCGACACCACCGCGACGGCCACCUCACCCCUGCGAACCACACCCAGCCCGACAACACCGCACACUACUCCAGGCAGCCCGUCCUCAACCUUCUACCCCACUGGAAGCACAGUCACGUCGGCAGUGGCCUCCUCCCCCUCUACCUCUGCCGGCCCGCACACCUCCACCACCCCAGCUCCAUCUUCUGCCAGUACAGGCAUCUCCACCGCCACACCAACCACCACCAACUCCACAUCCACUAGGACCCCUGGCUCACUGACCACCCUGACCGGCCUCAGCUCCAGCAAGUCACCAAGCCCCACAAGUGUCAUGCCCUCUUCCGGCCCCCUGCACAUCCCAGGCACCACUCUCGCUGUCACCACCACCUCUGCCCCGCUGCCUGCUACCACAUCCCCGCUCACAAGUGCCCACGGCACUGCCACCCCCUCCCUCACCACCAGCACUCCGGUUCCAUCCGCUGGCCCCUCUCCCACGCCUGCCAGCAGGCCCAAGGCCACUCAGGCCGAGAGUAGCCCUCCGCCGGCCACGAGCAGCAGCACACUGAGCACCAGCACGGUCCCACCUAGCAAGGACAUGCCCUCACAGUCCCCCAGGACAGAGAGGACUUCCGUUCCGCCAAUCACCUCAUCCGUCACCCCCACAAACACAGUCGGCUCCCCCACCUCCCCCACUUCCUCUCGAGGGACCGCCAAGACCGGGACCUCAUCCACGAGCCUGCCUCUGUCCUCUCCUCCUGCCUCAAGCGCAGAGCCAGUCCCCACUUCCGCCCCCAACCCUAGCCCUCUCUCCACCUUGGUCACCACCAUCCCCACCACCCAGGCCACGUCCACCCCUCCACCUCCCCCUAGUACUCCCAGCAGUGCCACCGCCAUCGCCUCCGCCGCCGCCGCUGCCGCCACCACCAACAUCACCACCAUCAUCACACCGGAAGGCACCAUUCCCGAUCCGUCGGCCCGCGCCACCUCCAUCAUAAACACUAUGCCCACCCCGUUUACUAAUGUAAGAACCACGACAGUCAGCGUAGUGCCAACCUCUGUCUCCGAUACAUCUUCAGGGAUUAAUUCUAGUGUUUCUUCCUCUUUGUCUUUCCUUAGUGUCCGUACGUCUACAAAUGCAAUAAGUACUCCUUUUAGUACUAUUAUCUCAUCCUCAGUUCCACCCGUCACAAUGUUUUCUUCUCAUUCUGUUGGUAGUCGUUCAGUGCUUAGUAGUAAAACUAAAGCUUUUCCUACCUCGUCACGUAUCCCCAACAGAGAUAGCUUAGGGUCCACUUCUGUGACUGCUGUUCUUUCUUCAUCUUCUUCUGAAACGUCAAGUAUUUCUCCAACCGUAUCAUCUCCAGUUACCUCUUCUACUGCAACAACCACUGUUUUGACUGUUUCUUCUAUGACACAAUGUCCCGAAUCUAUCUCUGUUACAAUAGUGUCUUCGUCUCCCACUGCACCAUGCAUGCAAAUGGAACAAAAUACUCAAGUUUCUUCUCCGCACACUAUCCCGUUAUCUGUUUUUACCUCUACUACUGAAAUGGCCACCUCUGUUAGUUCCAUCCCCAUGAGAUCUAUUUUUCCUUCAAAAUUGGAUACUUCGUCAGAAACUGAGCCCUCCAACAUAACUGAUGCUCCUAGUUCUAUCAGCCCUGGAACUGUCCCCUUUAACACCGUUUUGAUGAGCACACAAAGAGCCAUCAUCGGGACGAAAAUGAACCUGCACUUAGAAUUCAGGGAUACCGGUGGCCACCCUUCCAUCACCCAGGACAACUUCGACCAGUAUUCAGAUGACCAUGCAGGCUAG